GUUGACUGGAGUAUGCACUUGCAUUUUCUUUUGCGUGUGUAGUCUGAGCUAGUGUGAUCUUAGGAAUGGCGUUUUGGAAACCAGGUACAGUUGCUCCUGGGAGCACGGUGGAUCGAGACAAUGAAAAGGAAGCCGGCGAAUCAAUCAUGGCUGUAGCCAACCAAAGCUACCGAUAUUUGAGUAUCCAACAGCAAAGAGAACGGCUGCCAAUCUUUAAAUCAAGAAAAGAGCUUUUGUACCUUGUGGAAAAGUUCCAGACUGUGAUUGUAGUUGGGCAGACUGGAUGCGGCAAAACAACACAGCUACCACAGUAUCUAGAGGAAGCAGGAUGGGCAGCAGAAGGCAGAAAGAUAGCAUGUACACAGCCUCGGCGAGUAGCAGCGACCACAGUGGCAGGAAGGGUAGCGGAAGAGAUUGGGUGUAAUUUAGGAGACAAGGUAAGGGCAGUUGAUUUGCUGUGUGGUGCCCGAGUGUGCGAUUUCCAUGUGCUUGCCGAUAACACAAAUCUCUUUGGUGGCUAGGUUGGAUACACUAUUCGGUUUGAAGAUGUAACAUCUCAAAAUACUAGGAUCAAGUACAUGACGGAUGGCAUGCUGUUUCGAGAAACGCUGAUUGAUCCACUGUUGAUGGAC